AUGUUUUUGCUUUUUGGUAAUUCCGUCAACAGCUCCGACUGGGGCCAAGUGGCUGGUCAGGAGUCCAAAUUCGCGCAAGCAUUCAAUUUGUCGCAGGAAUAUUUGUCUCACCGCGGACGCUUGGGCCCAUUCUACUGGCUGCUCAAUGACAAGGCUUUCCGGGAUGCGUGCAAAACGUGCCACGAUUUCAUGGAUAAAGGCAUCGCCAAAGCGUUGGAGGCUUUUGCACAGACAGACCACGGAGGAAAAGGAGAGGAUCGUGACGCCGACACUUAUGUGUUUGUGGAGGCUCUCAUGCAGCAAACAAGAGAUCCACGGGUUCUCCGGGACCAGUGCUUGAAUGUUUUGCUUGCAGGACGCGACACGACAGCGUGUUGUCUUCAUUGGACAUUUCGUCUUCUUGCUCGCCACCAGCAUAUCCUCGAUAAACUGCGCAGAGAAAUUGACCACAUAUCGGGCUUGGGAUCAAGCGCACCUCUGCCCACAAGGGAAGACCUGAGACGCAUGUCAUAUCUCCAACUGUCUAAUGGAAAAAUAGUCCUGCGUCUUUAUCCGUCCGUACCCGUCAACUCGAGAGAGGCCAUACGACUUACAACGUUGCCUGUAGGUGGCGGGCCCGACGGCAAGUCUCCGGUCCUCGUUAGGCCAGGCGAGGGAGUUGGGUACUGCGUUUAUGCAAUGCACCGCCGCAAAGACAUCUACGGCCAGGACGCCGAGGAGUUUCGCCCUGAGCGUUGGGAAGGUGAUUCUUUAAGAGAUAUUGGGUGGGCAUAUCUACCAUUUAACGGAGGGCCGAGAUUGUGCUUGGGUCAAGAGUUUGCUUUACUUGAAGUUGCAUACACAGUGGCGCGAUUGGUGCAGGUCUUCUCCAAAAUCGAAUUGCCGAGUGGAGAGAGGGAAGUCAAAGUCGGGCAAGAGAGACAAAUUCUUACCUUGGUCGUCGCUAGUGCCGAAGGAUGUGUAGUAUCCUUGAAGGACUGA